UAUUUAUGUUUGGGUGCAAAUUUUUUUUUUACAGUAACCUCUUUUCGUUGAUGUCACUUAAGAUGUAGAGGAAAAAUAAUAAACACAGAGAAAAAGAUAAGUUACCACUGACUUUGACCGAAGAUGUCAGAGGCACCGGCGAGAAAUGGAUCUGAUUCUACAGAGACGGGGGAAACAGAAAAUAUAAAACAAGAGAGUCUUGAUCCUAAAGAAAGUGAAAAUCAAGCAACAGAGUCCAAAACUGAAAACGAGGAGAAACAGGUGGAUCCAGAAGUAAAUGAAAACUCAGGAGCGGAUCCAGAGGAGGAUGGAAUGACAAGUGUGGAUCCAUCAGUGGUGGAGAAGUUGUCAUUAGGAUUACUGGAAAUUUGUCUGCCACCUUUACAGAAAUCCAAGAGCUCACUAGAUGACCUUAUGCAUAAUCAGCAGUUCCUGAUAGAGUCCGUACAGCAGGAGAAUGCUAAGUUUACAGAUUGUCAAGACAUGGAGGAAAUCAGUAAAACAAUGGCCCAAGCAAAGAAAUAUCACAUGAAGUUGAUCAACCUCAAGAAAGAAAUGAAUGCUUUGUCUGAGAAAGCUGCAAAGCUUAAGAGGCGAGCUGUGAAGAUCCAGCAGCAAAAACAAAAGGAGGAUCUACAAAAAGUUCACCAGCGGGAACGGGAGCAAGAGAGAGAGAAAAUGUUAGAGGCCAAGGUUGUCAAAAAGCCUCAAUCAACAUCAUAGCAUCAUGAAAAAAAACAUCUAAGUUUACUACAUGACAUACGUUAGACUUAAUAAUGCAGUAUGAGAUGAAUCUAUACCAUCAAACAGACUGAUAUAUAUUAUCUAGUCAAUGUCAGAUACUGAGUACUAUCAAUCUUACAAAACUUCAUAUGUAUAUAUGUAGGUACGUGUUAGUUAAUUUUUGUAUUAUAUUAUGAUCCCUUGACAAUGAAGUUUGAGGGGA